AUAUUUGCGACUACAUGUUCCACAACCUUGUUUCUGCCAUCGGAGGCCAAGUGUACUUUCUGGAACUGAAAUCAGAAUCUCUUGCCGUUGCUGGGUUUUGUUUUCUUUUUUCCUUAUCAUAUGUUAUAGAAAAAAUAGUGGUGAUUUUAUAUCCUGCCAUGGAAGGAAACUGUUAUUCUUCGUCGAGAAUCGCAGAAAAGCGCAAGCAGAGGCAGCAGCAAGAGAAGCCGUAUAGGGGUAUUAGGAUGAGAAAGUGGGGGAAAUGGGUGGCUGAGAUUAGAGAACCAAACAAGCGGUCUAGGAUUUGGCUUGGCUCCUACACAACCCCUGUCGCCGCCGCACGUGCCUACGACACCGCCGUGUUCUAUCUCCGCGGCCCUUCCGCUCGCCUUAACUUCCCCGAUUUACUUUUCCAAGAAGACGACGACGAACUUCGUGACGUCUCCGCCGCUUCUAUACGCAAGAAAGCCACCGAAGUCGGAGCCAGAGUCGACGCGCUCCAAACCGCCCUCCAUGCGUCGUCCCAGUCAAAGUCUGCUCGGGUCUCCGAGACGCCCGAUUUAAACGAGUACCCAGGUCCGGAAAACUCCGAUGAAGAUUGAAUGAAUAAUAUAUAUACAGAUGCUUUAUUUCCAUCGAUCUUCUACGACGUCGUUCGCUCUGGUUUGCAAGAAACAGAAAAAAAGAAGGAAAAUAUCUGACACGCCAAAAGUUGAUGUUGGGUGUGAAAAUAGAAUCAAAAGUUUCUGUUUGAUAGGUUUAGAUGAUCUCUGUCUCUCAGUUGUAACAAGACCUAAGCAGCAGCUGAGCAGCAGCAGCAGCAAGCAAUAGUUUUUUUUUUUUUUUGUUAAUCAUAAACCAAGUUUUUUUCUUCUUUUUUGAAUUUAAUGAUUAACUUGUUUCAUAGUUUGAUUU